AUGACACUCAUUAACGAAAGUCACCCUGAAGAGUUUAUCCUACUAGGCUUUGCUGAUCAUCCUUGGCUAGAACUUCCCCUAUUCAUUAUUCUUCUGAUAACAUACCCCAUGGCCAUGAUGGGAAAUAUCACCAUAAUUCUAUUGUCAUUGUUAGAUCCCAGUCUCCACAGUCCCAUGUAUUUCUUCCUCACCAACCUCUCCUUUCUGGACAUCUGUUUAACCACAAGCAUUGUGGCUCAGAUGCUGUUUAACCUGGGAAGCUCUAAGAAGACCAUCAGUUAUGUGGGGUGUGCAGUUCAAGAUUAUUUAUUAAGCACAGUGGGAGGUGCAGAAUGUCUUCUCCUGGCUAUUAUGUCUUUUGACCGCUAUGUGGCCAUCUGCAGACCUCUGCACUACAACCUCAUCAUGAAUCAGCGUGUUUGCAUCCUAUUAGUGUCCUUCAUGUGGAUAAGUGGAAUCACCUAUGGUGUCUUUGAAGUCACUCUAACUUUACAGUUGCCAUUGUGUGGCAACAAUAAACUAGAUCACUUUUUUUGUGAGAUUCCAGUUCUGAUAAAGACUGCCUGUGGGGAAAAAGAGGCUAAUGAGCUCACACUGUCUGUGGUGUGCAUUUUUAUAGUAGCUGUUCCUCUGUGUUUAAUUCUUGCCUCCUAUGCUAGUAUUGGACAUGCCAUACUUAAGAUCAAAUCUUCUGAAGGAAGGAAAAAGGCCUUCGGGACAUGUUCCUCUCAUCUCAUUGUAGUUUUCUUAUUUUAUGGCCCAAUCAUUAGUAUGUACCUUCAGCUCCCUUCUUCCAUCUCAAGGGACCAGCCCAAGUUCAUGGCUCUCUUCUAUGCAGUAGUGAUUCCUACACUCAACCCCUUCAUCUACACACUGAGGAAUAAGGAUGUGAAGGGAGCAUUUGGCAAACUGAUGAGGAGCAUUUUCAGUUCCAAAUGA